GCCGUGGAAACAGGACGCAUAGCGCUGUCCGACACGAGAGUCAGUAUUUCACGUGUACGUGAAAUUUUUUGGUACACUAAUGACGUCACGCGCGUGGUCAGCUGAGGAAAUAAAAUCAUUGAUUUUAUAUUUUGAAGCGCUCCCAGAACUAUGGCAAAUAUCAAAUCCUGAUUAUAAAAAUCGAGUAAAGAAAGCAGCUGCGGUAGAAAGCUUGGCCGAACAAUUUAAUACUUCUGCAUCGGAAAUAAAUAGGAAACUGCACCAUUUACGAACGCAGUUUAAUAACGAACUGAGAAAACAAAAAAAAGAAGAGUGGCCAAGGCACAGAUGAAAAUUAUGUAAGCACUUGGGAUUACUUCACAAGCUUACAAUUUUUAAUGCCAAACAGCGUACCAGCAAAUGAAACACAACAAAAUUUGAACUCUCCUACCAACAGCGAACCUGCCAACAACGAAAAUUUGGAAUCAACAGUUUCGCAACACUCCAACACCCUCUCUCAAUCUCAACGAACCUCUAAAAAACGAAAGAAGGAAGAUGAAGCUUUAGACCAAGCGUUAAGCGCGUUAGACAAAUCUGAUGGUGCUUCCAUUUUUGGUGAUUUCGUGGCUGCUGCGAUACGGAAUAUGAGGUCGGAAUCCCGAAAAAGAGAAUUAAAACGCAAAAUUCAACGUAUCAUUCUGGACAUGGAAGAAUUGGAUGAAGACGAUCAAUAUUCAGGUCCUUCUACUUCACAGUCUCUUGGUCCUCUUACUCCACUGCCAAAUGUGACUUGGGAAAGUUCGGAAGACACAACGUACGAACAUUUGUACUAAGUUUGUCAAUUGACCAAGCCUCACCUUUUAU